UAUUGGUUUGUUCAGGUGAGCGUCGCUCGAGCGAUUUACAACAACGAAAGCGAAUUCGACGAGGAAUUACCGUUUCAACGAGGUGACGUGCUCCGAGUGCUCAGCGAGCGACCUGGUCAGUUUAUAAAUAACUUUACUGAUUCGAAACAAAUGAACGAAAAAAAGAACAAAAAACGUCAUGGUCUUGCAAUCGUUGGGUUGCCAAUCGUGAUUUGUUUUCUUAAUUGA